AGCUGCAUCCCAUUUUGGGGGACGACUCCCUGAUUCCUAAGUUGCUGAACUUGAUAGCACAUGAAAUGUGUCCGGAUUUCAGAAACGACUACGAGGCUGCUGCACAACGGACUAGGAAGCGAUGAAGCAGUAGCAGAGCUGUUCAACAAGAUCAGUGAUUGCCUGGUGUCAAAUCCUGAGCUCCAGUUCUUAGACCUGCAAGGUCGUAUCCAAGUACACUGCAACAGCGUAUGGGCCAGCGACUUGGCUCAACUCUAUCACACCUAUUUCAGGACUCCCUGGAGCUUCCUGGUCUUUGUCGGUGCCAUUGCAGGUCUUCUCUUGAUUGCUCUGCAGACUUACAAGGAGUUUAACAAGCCAGCUUCACCAUGACAUCCCUAUAUCCUGCAACAUAUGUGUGUUUUCUUUAAUCUUUAGCUGCCUAAAAAAUAACGGAAAUGCUCAUGUGUGUUUUGGUAGGUUGGUUAGCCAUCACUUAUCAACCAAGAAAAUAAAUGCGUUUUGGCAUAUAUUUAAAAUGUAAAUGGAAAUGUUCAUGUAUGUUUUUCUUUUUCUUUGUGGAAACGAUCAUUUUGGUACAUUAAUGAGUGCUGCUGUAGCUGCUGCUAAAAGAAGUGACGAAUCUUUUGUCAUACAUAUACUUUUAGAUGAAUCAAUUAUUUGUAUUAUU